AUGAAGAGAUUUUGCCCCAAGCUUUCUUUUCUAUUGUUUCUCUGUCUCUUUUUGACAACUUGUGUGCAUUCUAUAGCCCAGACUUGCCGCCCAAGCGGUAGAAUCGAAGGAAAGAAUGCUCCUCCAGGACAAUGCAAUCAAGAGAAUGAUUCUGAUUGUUGUGUGCAAGGAAAAAUGUACACUACUUAUCAAUGUUCUCCAUCCGUAUCUACUUACACCAAAGCAUAUCUCACUCUUAACAGUUUCCAAAAAGGUGGAGAUGGAGGCGGCCCUUCUGAAUGUGACAGGCAGUAUCAUUCCGACGAUACUCCUGUAGUUGCACUUUCCACCGGAUGGUUCAACCACGAGAGCAGGUGCCUCAAAAAUAUUACCAUCAGUGCGAAUGGAAAAAGUGUGGUGGCCAUGGUUGUCGAUGAGUGUGACUCCACAAAAGGAUGCGAUAAAGAUCAUGAUUACCAACCUCCUUGUCCAAACAACAUUGUGGAUGCUUCCAAAGCUGUGUGGAAAGCUUUAGGCGUGCCUAAAGAACAAUGGGGUGGCCUUGACAUUACUUGGUCUGAUGCUUGA